AUGGACGAGUGGUUGGGCAGAAGAAAGGGGGCCCUUACAUUUAGGAUAACGCAGGUGGUGUCCGGACACGGUUGUUUCGGGCACUACCUGCACAAAAUACAGAGGGAGCCGGGGCCCCAGUGCCAUGAAUGUGGUGCGAUGGACGACACGGCCCAGCACACUCUAAAGGAGUGCAACCGCUGGGCCGUGGAAAGAGCGGCCCUUAGGGCGGCGACGGGGGUUAUAGACCUCUCGCUACACAGCAUAAUAGCGGCGAUGCUGGGUAGCGAGAGGAAUUGGGAAGCGGUGGCCUCCUUCUGCGAAGAAGUCAUGUCGCAGAAGGAGAAGGCGGAGAGGGAGCGAGAAACGUCUGCUGACGCGAUUCCUCUCCGUCGCAGGCGGCAGGGCCAAAGGCAGAGAGCGCAUGCUCGCCUCGAGCCUUAG